GAGAGACACACCGCAAACAAAAUAUUUCAAAUUCUGAAAGCAGUCGGUCGGACUGAGUGAAGUGGAAUCGGAGCUGAAACACCCCAAGAGCGAUAAAGACUGUGGACCCGCACUGCGUUAAGAGGAUACCGGUGUAGUUGUGUCAAACACAUCAUAUUACGCGAUUUCUGAAACUGAGCCUGCGAAGCACUCUUCCCUUUUCACUUUUUGGAGCGCAGCGGGCAGCUUUUAAUUCAUACUAUAUUUUCCCUCGGAGACAGGAGUGUGGUGUAUGUUGCCUAGCAAUUACAAGUUAAAUGGUAUUUUGGAGAAGUCAGCAUUAAGAAAAUAAAUAUUGGAGCACCGGACCAGUCGCACAUCGGAAAAGCAAUACUUGAGAGGACUGUUAUGAAGAGGGGUUGAGAAAGGACGAUGCAAAGGCUGUCAACGCUUUGAAGUUCGCGAGACCCGACCUCAAUCUCUGACCGAAUUUCAAUCGGCCCACUGAAUUAAUUAUUGGAACCUGUCAUGUUCGUUUAAUGUACACGGAGAAGAAGAGUUAUUUACAUGUAGGCUAUUAUUAAAACCACGCAAAACGCGGUACCCUGGAAAGUCCAUUCACUGAAAUAUAUAGCGUUGUAAUACAGAAGGAAAUAGACUACUGAACUACAUAGUACAACCAAUAUUUCCGAAGAGACGUUUGAAUUUCCUCUGAAAUGGACUGACACCGAUCAAACCAAACGUAUCUCGAUAAGAUAAUGAUCGACAAUUUAGAGGCUUAUUGGGACUUCAGAGUUGAGAAAAUGCAUAAUGAUAAGUAACUGACUGACAGUUGGUGUUUGAUGUGUGCAAGAAUCAUUCCAAAAGUGGUGUGAUAUCCUCUCUUGUGAUGAUUGAGUAUCCCUACUCUGGUACCGGAGGCAUCUCGUGGUAACACAGUAGCUGCGGCAAGGAAGGAGUGGAGUUUGGAGAAAUCAGCAAAUAAACGCACAGAAAAAAUGUGGCUGCGAAUUCUUCCGCAGGUGUUGACCAUCUGGGCUGUGGUGAUUUCCGGGACAACGGCUGACCUGACCUGCGAUACACUGCUACUGCUGUCCACCAAUCUCACUGCACGUACGUUGGCACUGUGGAAUCUGACCCUCACACCCAGCAAUGUCACCGCCGGCCUGUUCUGUAACAUGUCCAUCGAUCCCAUCGGUACCUGCUGGCCAAAGAGCACUGCAGGGGAGUGGGUGUUACGGCCAUGUCCAGAGAUGUUCUAUGGCGUCAAAUACAACACCACCAACAAUGUGUAUAGAGAAUGCCUUUCCAACGGGUCUUGGGCCGUGAAAGGCAACUACACCCAGUGUCAAGAGAUUCUCAAUGAGAAAAAGAGCAAGCUGCACUACCACAUAGCGGUGAUCAUAAACUACAUGGGACAUUGUAUCUCUCUGGCAGCCCUACUGGUGGCCUUCAUCCUCUUUAUGAGGCUGAGGAGUAUCCGCUGCUUGAGGAACAUCAUCCACUGGAACCUGAUCACAGCUUUCAUCCUGAGGAACGCCACUUGGUUCGUUGUACAGCUCACCAUGAACCCUAAGGUGCACGAGAGCAAUGUGUUGUGGUGCCGGCUGGUCACGGCAGCCUAUAACUAUUUCCACGUGACAAACUUCUUCUGGAUGUUUGGGGAGGGUUGCUACCUGCAUACAGCCAUCGUGCUUACCUACUCCACCGACAAGCUACGCAAGUGGAUGUUCAUCUGCAUCGGGUGGUGCAUCCCUCUUCCAAUCAUCAUUGCAUGGGCCAUUGGCAAGCUUUACUACGACAACGAAAAGUGCUGGUUUGGGAAGAAGGCAGGAGUGUACACAGAUUACAUCUACCAGGGCCCAAUGAUCCUGGUGUUGCUGAUCAACUUCAUAUUCCUCUUCAACAUUGUGAGAAUCCUCAUGACCAAGCUGAGAGCCUCCACCACCUCAGAGACAAUACAGUACAGGAAAGCGGUGAAGGCCACUCUGGUGCUGCUGCCUCUCCUGGGCAUCACCUACAUGCUAUUUUUUGUCAACCCCGGAGGGGAGGAUGAGGUCGCCCAAAUAGUCUUCAUCUACUUCAACUCCAUUCUGGAGUCUUUUCAGGGCUUUUUCGUGUCAGUGUUUUACUGCUUCCUGAACAGCGAGGUGCGUUCUGCGGUUAGGAAGAGAUGGCACCGCUGGCAGGACAAGCAUUCAAUCAGGGCUCGAGUGGCGCGCGCCAUGUCCAUCCCCACGUCCCCCACAAGGGUCAGCUUCCACAGCAUCAAGCAGUCAUCAGCUGUUUGAGGACCAACAAAACUCUGCUUUGGCUGAAAGCCCCCGUCUAACCUCUCACCGCCAACCACCCCUCCAACAUGUCCACCACAGCAGAGCAUCUCUUUCCCCUCUUCUCUCCAAACCAACCGAGGGAAACAGCUACCGCACCGUGAUGGUUCACACAGGGUACACUUGGUCUGUAAUACAAACCUCACAGACCCCCUCCCAGGGGAGCGGUGACCUCUUUAGUCUCUCGCCUGCUGAUAUAUUGAGGUACGUUCGCUCAGUGCGUUCCCUCCGAAAGCUACGGAGGCUCAUGAUUAUAAUGGCCAAACAAAGUAAUAUCAGGAGCUGACUUUUUGCCAAAAGGCAGCACAGGGUAUUGGUACAAUCCCUGUGGCGUUGGCAGAUUCAGUUGAGAGGUGACGUUUGAUGACAGAUCUAUUUUUUUCACCUGUUCGUCAGUAUAUUUAGUGUUCUCUUAUAGUUUUUUUAUUCUGCAAAAUCCAGAAGUUGGUCCAUAUGGAUGGAGUUGGAGUCCAUAACAAGACUUUGGGGCACGUGCUUGUAUCAGUGUCAAAUACAUGAUCCCUGUUGGACUGACCUGUUCAAGAUCAUAGACACAACCAUUUGAUUCUUGUUCCUUUGCAUGUUUUUAUUUUCUGUAGAAACAUUUCUGAACUUUGAGUUGGCUAUGCUUGCUGGCGCUGCAAAGGGAAUGACUGCCAUGGACCAUUCAUUUCAGGUCUGUCCAGACUACUGUCUCUAGAAAACAUUCUCCCUUUCCUUCCAGCUGUUUUUCUGAUGGAUCUUCAUGGAGACCCUGUUCCGAUGUGAAAUAUUUGGCCUCCAUUGAAGAUGGAUGCCUUUCCCAUUAUCCGUACAGCAACAACCAAGGCAUUGUGCAAGCGGAAAAAGGGGACAUGACGUUAUCCAACACUGUUGCUAAUGUGAAGGAACUGUGAAAAUUGGUACCCACCUGUCAAAGUAAUGUUCUGUUGAGUGAGGUUGUAAAAGGUGUUAAUUUUCAACUGGAUAAGCACUCCUUUAUGAAAGCACUUUUAUUUAUUUCAAAUUCCAAAAUUACCAGCACCGUAGUAAGACACCGUCCACUUUAGCAUAGCAUUGUUAAAAGCCAGAUUGGGAGAAAUGCCAAUUAUUUUAUUUUUUUAAAGAAUUGGGCUAGAUAUGUUAAGGUCUGAGAGGAACGUGGAUGCUUUGGUUGAUUCAUCUCUACAACUUGCGUAUCUUAUCUGUACUAAAUCCAGUGGGUACUGGUAAUACGUUUUCCUUUCAUCUUGAGCCAUCCAUUAUGAAGGACCAUAAAAAAAUCUGAUCCUCAUUCCAACUCAUUCCAGAACAUAAAACCAUAACAGAUAUUGUCAUGCACAUAGCACAACUUUAUUUUUUUAAUUACACAUUCAUAAGUCAAAGUAACUAGGAAAAGAUGAACACAAGGUCUGGAAGAUGAUUGAGUGAAUGCUGACUUCUUGUGGUUUGUUCUGACAAAGGGGAAUAGCGGUGAUGCAUAUUCAGAUAGACAUUAUCUAGACAGGACCAGUCUCAAAUGUAUUGCAGUAGGAUUCACCUCUGAAAAAUAUUGUGGGAGCCCUCCCAAAAAGCUUGUGAACUUGAAGCUUCAAUCUCAGGGCUCAGAGAACCAGUUGACUUCCACACACAACCCCACACAGCACAGGAUGAAACCAAUUAAGACCAAAGUGUUACUUUGGAGUGCUAACUGAUAUUAAAAACACCAAAAUAAACAAACUAUUUGACACAUAAACAUCAUGCUGACAACUCAUCGAAAUCCAAAAUGACGCACCCUGUCACAAGACGCUAUGAUUAUUUUGCAAAGUCAUAAACAAAGCCAAAGCCUCCGUUGCCAGAUAUGUCUAUAGGCAACAACAAAAAAUUGGUUGAUCUGAAUCCUUUUUUCCCUCCCAGACCCUUUUGAUCAUUGGCAUAAAGCAGUCAGAAUAAAAUGUGUGAUUUCAUUGGCAAUGUUGUUUACAGAUCGCUUUCAGUGAUAGUUAUAAAACGUAUUGUCAGACAGAUGUAUCCUAUUCGCUGAAACGAAUGAUCACAAGAAUCACAGACGCGGCUUCAUCUAUGUCUGCCAGUCACCUGUGGGCUCUGCUUUGUUUCCCAGUCAGGGAUGCUACAGUCAUCUAACACACACCAUGUACUCCUAAACAGCCAGGAUACAUAAGGUUAUUACAUGCAUUAGAUUGGAUGUUAGUCUGGAAUGGAAUUGCCAAUGUAUGAUAGUGUUAUGCAUUCCAAUUCCAGGUAUCUGCCUCUGUCAUGAAACUAUGUUACCUCAUACCAAAAUGAUUUACCCUGGAAUUCAAAAGCCAGUUGGUUCUCUGUUAUAAUGUUACAAGGACCCUGUUCUACAUCACUGUUUCCAGAUUUUGGGGACUUGUACUCCAAACACAAUGUAAUUCUAUUCUGAACACAUAUUCCAGUUAUCAUAACCAGAUGCUUUUGAAAACCUUUUCAAUCAAAUGCAGUAUUUCAGUAUUAUGUAGAAAAUUGACUUUUUGGCUAUUUUCCUUCCUUUUCCAGGAAACAGGAAUAUUUUCCUUAUUAUUAUAGGUGUCUCUCAAAGUGUCGUAGUCAGCAUACUUCUCUAAUAUAGUAAUUACAUUGAAAAUGGCUCUCAUUAUCCAGUAUACAGUACACAGACGGCUUCAUAAUGAAUUCCAGUUAUUUGCACAAAUAUUAGUGUAGUCAGCUGUCAUACCACUGACUGUCAGCAACAUCGGUGUGAUCAAAUGUUUUCUUGUUUUUCUUUGCCAUUCCCUAAAUAGUUUGUGGUCACAAACAUCCUCCAAAGACACAAGCGCAGCUAUCUAGUCAAUAGGCUGUUCUUAUUUCUUCAUUUCAAUAAGAAAUGCUGCUACCCUUUCUCUUUUUUGAUUGUUUGUUUUGUUUGAUUUGUUUUCCUUAAUUGUGCAGAGGGGUCUUGUCCGAUUGCUCUCGAUGCAGUUAUAGUUACUAUAACAACGAUGUAAGUAAGUGUUCCUUCUCGGGUAUGUACGUUGUGUUUUGUCUUUUGUGAAGGUCUAAGAAGCGAAAACAUUUGUAUUUAUUUAAAUGUCACAGAAUUGUAUAUUUAUCACAUGAUUUAAAGGGUACAGCUUUUGUUGAAGGACACAGGCCAACAUUACCUAUAAACGUAGAUUGAUAAAUACAUCUAAUUACAUCCAUAAUGUGUCUACUUAAGAUUUUGUAAUGAUGAAAGGUAGGUUGAUGUCAUUUUUUCACUUUUGUUUGUUAUGUUUGAUAAUGUUGCAAUUUCAAUGUCCAAGAAGGAACAAUUAUAUUUAUUAUGUUUAUGAAUCUACUUGUUCAAUGUUGGAAAGCGUUGAGGAAUUGUACAGAGUUUGUAAAAUAAAAUAAAAUACAUAGCAAUCUAAUAAGAGAAAUGUGGCGAGAGUUCAAAAUAUAUGGAACAGUGCUACUACAUAAAUUGUGCAUUAAAAUGUGUUUUUUUAACAAACCAAAAAAUUCUGUCCAUUCCUCUCUUCCAUGUAACAUAACUUCUCACUGAAAUCAUUGUGCAAUAACAUUUUACAUAAUUUUACAUUUUUCACUUCAGAAAAGAUACAGCAAGUUAUUCUGAGUGACAAUGAAUGAGUGAUACCACACAGUGUAAUGUCAUUCAAUAGAAUAUACUUGACACGAGUGAGACGUUUCACAGAUUCUUGUA